AUGGCUUCAUAUUUUGAGCAGUUGAAGGCGCAAGAUCUGGGGGUAACUGGGAGCCAAAAUACAAGCUGCAACAGCAGUACAGACAACCCAGAGCUGCAGCAGGUAUUCAGGUCGUACGACACCGUCUCCCAGAGAGCAGAGCAACUGUCGGACCUGGUCGCAGAGGCCUGCUCCGACCCAUCGACGACCAAGAGAUGGCAAGAUAUAUACGAGGCAACUUCAGAGCUAAAGAAUUUGCUCGAAGACCUUCAGGACAGCCUGCCGAAGGUCGUGAGCGAAAUAAACGAAGGAAGCAGUAGCUGUCCUACAGCCGAGACGCGCCUGGUACAGUUGGACGUGACUUAUGGGGAUGAAACAACUGGCUCACAUGGCUCGGGACUCUACGUGGACAUGCGAACAGAAACGAUCACCAAGAAAGGCUGCUCGCAGACCAACACUUUCAGAAACAUGAUGCCGGCGCUUAGAGGAUACACAGACAGUGAGGGAGAUCCAUGUCUGCUUAUAACAUCCACGACAACAUUGCCGAUAUCGAGUACGACGCCAGGUUCUUCAAAGGGAACCACUACCGCUGUAACGCAACCAACAUCAUCAUCAUUUACAGAAACGACAACACAAGAAUCAGAAGUUACAUCAACACCCCAAAGAAAUCAAACUGAACCUGCAGAAAGUACCCCAGCAUCACAGUCCGGAACUACAAUUGCAGGAACUACACCAACGGCUGAAGAAACUACCACAACAGCAAAAUCCGGAACAACACCUAGAGGAACAACAAAGUCUCAAGGAAGAACUACACCAGAACCUGAGACAUAUACUACAACAUCCGGAACUACAGGUACUGCAUCAGGAACAACAACAACAUCUCAAGGAACCACUUCUCAAUCUGGACAAUAUGAUACAACUACAAGAUCUAGAACUACAACUGCAGGAACUACACCAGAACCUGAGAUAGAUACUACAACAUCCGGAACUACAAGUACUGCAUCAGGAACAACAACAACAUCUCAAGGAACCACUUCUCAAUCUGGACAAUAUAAUACAACUACAAGAUCCGGAACUACAACUGCAGGAACUACACCACAACCUGAGAUAUAUACUACAACAUCAGGAACUACAGGAACUACACCAGAACCUGAGAUAGAUACUACAACAUCCGGAACUACAGGUACUGCAUCAGGAACAACAACAUCAUCUCAAGGAACCACUUCUCAAUCUGGACAAUAUGAUACAACUACAAGAUCUAGAACUACAACUGCAGGAACUACACCAGAACCUGAGAUAGAUACUACAACAUCCGGAACUACAAGUACUGCAUCAGGAACAACAACAACAUCUCAAGGAACCACUUCUCAAUCUGGACAAUAUAAUACAACUACAAGAUCCGGAACUACAGGAACUACACAAGAACGUGAGAUAUAUACUACAACAUCCGGAACUACAGGUACUGCAUCAGGAACAACAUCAUCAUCUCAAGGAACCACUUCUCAAUCUGGACAAUAUGAUACAACUACAAGAUCUAGAACUACAACUGCAGGAACUACACCAGAACCUGAGAUAGAUACUACAACAUCCGGAACUACAAGUACUGCAUCAGGAACAACAACAACAUCUCAAGGAACCACUUCUCAAUCUGGACAAUAUAAUACAACUACAAGAUCCGGAACUACAGGAACUACACAAGAACGUGAGAUAUAUACUACAACAUCCGGAACUACAGGUACUGCAUCAGGAACAACAUCAUCAUCUCAAGGAACCACUUCUCAAUCUGGACAAUAUGAUACAACUACAAGAUCUAGAACUACAACUGCAGGAACUACACCAGAACCUGAGAUAGAUACUACAACAUCCGGAACUACAAGAACUACACCAGAACCUGAGAUAGAUACUACAACAUCCGGAACUACAGGUACUGCAUCAGGAACAACAACAUCAUCUCAAGGAACCACUUCUCAAUCUGGACAAUAUGAUACAACUACAAGAUCUAGAACUACAACUGCAGGAACUACACCAGAACCUGAGAUAGAUACUACAACAUCCGGAACUACAAGUACUGCAUCAGGAACAACAACAACAUCUCAAGGAACCACUUCUCAAUCUGGACAAUAUAAUACAACUACAAGAUCCGGAACUACAGGAACUACACAAGAACGUGAGAUAUAUACUACAACAUCCGGAACUACAGGAACUACACCAGAACGUGAGAUAUAUACUACAACAUCCGGAACUACAGGUACUGCAUCAGGAACAACAUCAUCAUCUCAAGGAACCACUUCUCAAUCUGGACAAUAUGAUACAACUACAAGAUCUAGAACUACAACUGCAGGAACUACACCAGAACCUGAGAUAGAUACUACAACAUCCGGAACUACAAGAACUACACCAGAACCUGAGAUAGAUACUACAACAUCCGGAACUACAGGUACUGCAUCAGGAACAACAACAACAUCUCAAGGAACCACUUCUCAAUCUGGACAAUAUAAUACAACUACAAGAUCUGGAACUACAACUGCAGGAACUACACCAGAACCUGAGAUAGAUACUACAACAUCCGGAACUACAGGAACUACACCAGAACCUGAGAUAGAUACUACAACAUCCGGAACUACAGGUACUGCAUCAGGAACAACAACAACAUCUCAAGGAACCACUUCUCAAUCUGGACAAUAUGAUACAACUACAAGAUCUAGAACUACAACUGCAGGAACUACACCAGAACCUGAGAUAUAUACUACAACAUCCGGAACUACAGGAACUACACCAGAACCUGAGAUAGAUACUACAACAUCCGGAACUACAGGUACUGCAUCAGGAACAACAACAACAUCUCAAGGAACCACUUCUCAAUCUGGACAAUAUGAUACAACUACAAGAUCUAGAACUACAACUGCAGGAACUACACCAGAACCUGAGAUAGAUACUACAACAUCCGGAACUACAAGUACUGCAUCAGGAACAACAACAACAUCUCAAGGAACCACUUCUCAAUCUGGACAAUAUAAUACAACUACAAGAUCUGGAACUACAGGAACUACACAAGAACGUGAGAUAUAUACUACAACAUCCGGAACUACAGGUACUGCAUCAGGAACAACAACAUCAUCUCAAGGAACCACUUCUCAAUCUGGACAAUAUAAUACAACUACAAGAUCUGGAACUACAACUACAGGAACUACACCACAACCUGAGAUAUAUACUACAACAUCCGGAACUACAGGAACUACACCAGAACCUGAGACAUAUACUACAACAUCCGGAACUACAGGUACUGCAUCAGGAACAACAACAACAUCUCAAGGAACCACUUCUCAAUCUGGACAAUAUAAUACAACUACAAGAUCUGGAACUACAACUACAGGAACUACACCAGAACCUGAGACAUAUACUACAACAUCCGGAACUACAGGUACUGCAUCAGGAACAACAACAUCAUCUCAAGGAACCACUUCUCAAUCUGGACAAUAUAAUACAACUACAAGAUCUGGAACUACAACUACAGGAACUACACCAGAACCUGAGAUAGAUACUACAACAUCCGGAACUACAGGUACUGCAUCAGGAACAACAACAACAUCUCAAGGAACCACUUCUCAAUCUGGACAAUAUGAUACAACUACAAGAUCUAGAACUACAACUGCAGGAACUACACCAGAACCUGAGAUAGAUACUACAACAUCCGGAACUACAGGUACUGCAUCAGGAACAACAACAUCAUCUCAAGGAACCACUUCUCAAUCUGGACAAUAUGAUACAACUACAAGAUCUAGAACUACAACUGCAGGAACUACACCAGAACCUGAGAUAGAUACUACAACAUCCGGAACUACAAGUACUGCAUCAGGAACAACAACAACAUCUCAAGGAACCACUUCUCAAUCUGGACAAUAUAAUACAACUACAAGAUCUAGAACUACAACUGCAGGAACUACACCAGAACCUGAGAUAGAUACUACAACAUCCGGAACUACAAGUACUACAUCAGGAACAACAACAACAUCUCAAGGAACCACUUCUCAAUCUGGACAAUAUAAUACAACUACAAGAUCCGGAACUACAGGAACUACACAAGAACGUGAGAUAUAUACUACAACAUCCGGAACUACAGGUACUGCAUCAGGAACAACAACAUCAUCUCAAGGAACCACUUCUCAAUCUGGACAAUAUAAUACAACUACAAGAUCUGGAACUACAACUACAGGAACUACACCACAACCUGAGAUAUAUACUACAACAUCCGGAACUACAGGAACUACACCAGAACCUGAGACAUAUACUACAACAUCCGGAACUACAGGUACUGCAUCAGGAACAACAACAACAUCUCAAGGAACCACUUCUCAAUCUGGACAAUAUGAUACAACUACAAGAUCUAGAACUACAACUGCAGGAACUACACCAGAACCUGAGAUAGAUACUACAACAUCCGGAACUACAAGUACUGCAUCAGGAACAACAACAACAUCUCAAGGAACCACUUCUCAAUCUGGACAAUAUGAUACAACUACAAGAUCUAGAACUACAACUGCAGGAACUACACCAGAACCUGAGAUAGAUACUACAACAUCCGGAACUACAAGUACUGCAUCAGGAACAACAACAACAUCUCAAGGAACCACUUCUCAAUCUGGACAAUAUAAUACAACUACAAGAUCCGGAACUACAGGAACUACACAAGAACGUGAGAUAUAUACUACAACAUCCGGAACUACAGGAACUACACCACAACCUGAGAUAGAUACUACAACAUCCGGAACUACAGGAACUACACAAGAACGUGAGAUAUAUACUACAACAUCCGGAACUACAGGUACUGCAUCAGGAACAACAACAACAUCUCAAGGAACCACUUCCCAAUCUGGACAAUAUAAUACAACUACAAGAUCCGGAACUACAGGAACUACACCAGAACCUGAGAUAAAUGAUACAACAUCAGGAACUACAGGUACUGCAUCAGGAACAACAACAACAUCUCAAGGAACCACUUCUCAAUCUGGACAAUAUGAUACAACUACAAGAUCUAGAACUACAACUGCAGGAACUACACCAGAACCUGAGAUAGAUACUACAACAUCCGGAACUACAGGAACUACACAAGAACGUGAGAUAUAUACUACAACAUCCGGAACUACAGGUACUGCAUCAGGAACAACAACAUCAUCUCAAGGAACCACUUCUCAAUCUGGACAAUAUAAUACAACUACAAGAUCUGGAACUACAACUACAGGAACUACACCAGAACCUGAGACAUAUACUACAACAUCCGGAACUACAGAUCUAGAACUACAACUGCAGGAACUACACCAGAACCUGAGAUAG